AUGGCUUCUUCAAUCGCCCCCAACAACCUCCUCAGUAAUGCAGCGCAAUCGAAAAUAUGCACCGCAUUUGGUAUCAAGAUAACGUCGGAUACAUCGAUAGUGCAUAUUGCCAAAGCAGCUGGCUAUGACUCGUUGUUCAUCGACCUGGAGCAUACAGCCAUGACAAUCAAAGAUGCCAAUCAAUUAUGCAUCACAGCAAACUCAGCUGGAAUCACGCCCUUCGUUCGCGUGCCACACCAGUGCGGUAAUGGGUUCGUACAACGGGUGUUGGAUGUUGGAGCCAUGGAUGAUGCUCUCCGCGCAAUAAACAUCUCUAAAUAUCCUCCCAUGGGCAAACGAUCGAUCAGCGCCGGCUUCCCUCACUUCGAAUUCGCUCCCGUACCUACCACCACCAUGACUGCGCAGAUGAACGCAACCGGCUCUACUGUCUUCAUCAUGAUAGAGACGGCGGACGCUCUUGCAGCUGUCGACGAUAUCGCCGCGCUAGAAGGCGCCGAUGUACUCCUCGUCGGCUCCAACGACCUAGCUUCAGAAAUCGGAACUCUGGGUGAUUGGGACGCGCCAUACUUCCUAGCCGCGCUGGAAAAGGUGGGUGCAGCUGCGAGAAAACACGGCAAGAUUAUGGGUAUUGCAGGAUUAUACCAUAGGCCAGAUAUAUUGGAGCGCGUGAUCAAUGAGUUUGGCGCAAAGUGGGUGGUGGGUGCUCAGGAUGUUGGGUUGUUGUUGCAAGGCGGAACGGUAAACUCUGCUUUAUUAAGAAGUUUACAAAAGUAA